UUGAAUUGACUCUAGAUGACAUGAGAACAUAUUUUGGAAUUGUUUACGAAGAUUACGAAAUUGAGAAUGCAGAUGGAACAAAAACUGUUGUACAUUUUCAUACAAAAUACAGACAGGACCUAUUCUAUAUUGGACCGAUGUAUCAUCUAGAGUUCCCUGGCUCCAUCAAUAUUUUACUAGUUCUAGAUGUAGAUCUAGAAUUCAAAAUAGAUCUGCUAGAACUGUGGAAAGAGCAUAAACAAAUGAAUGCUAGUCAGCUGCUCGGGAUAGGGCCGGAGCUUACUAGAUAUUAUAAGAAACGAGCAGGAAGCUUCAUUGAAAAAAAUCCGGGAACUAUGGUCGGUGAACCUGGAGCAUGGCAGGGUUUUAACAGCGGAGUAGUUGUUUAUCAUCUAAAGAAUAUUCGAGAAAAUCAGCUGUUUAAUCAGCUGAUCACACCGGACUUUUACAAGAUGGCGGCAGACAAAUACUUUCUUGGCGGAGUUGGGGACCAGUACCCAGCUUAUGUUGCAGAAGUUGAACUGGAUGAAGAUGGAGUUGAUCCAGCAGACCUAGCUCCUCUUGUCAGUGGGAAUGCUCCCAUUGUUACUGCCCCAGCCUCAGAGGAUGAAGACGUGGCUGGGGACGUUGAAGAGGACAAGGAUAAGGAUGAGGAUACUGAUGUCCUGGUGCAAACCAUGCAGGAGGUGAUGGAUAGGUUAUCAGAGCUGAACCAGGAGCUCGAGAAUAUGGUGUCCUCUGCUCUAGAGGACACUGGCACCCAAGAGCCCCUUGUAGAUCCCAAUGUCAAUGUAUGGGAUGCAAGGAAGGCCUGGGAACAGGAGUUCAGCCUUUAUCCUGUAGCAAGCAGGGAAGAGGUUUACUCCAGGAUAUAUAUCCAGGUUGGGAAACUGCUCCACCAUAUGCAGGAGCGGGUUGACCAGCAAACCUGGAAUAGAGAUGAUAAAUGA